GUUCAACCUGCUUGACUGACAGUCUCGUGCUUUGGAAGCUCGCCUUCAAGUGAUUCAAAGUGCUUCGUUAACAAUCUGCAAAGUCUUGUAUCUCAAGGAACUGUUUUCCAUUGAAAUAUGGCUGUCGUUCUAAGGAACUUGUGCAUGCUUCAGCGAACUUGGUAUAGAUCUCUGCUAAGUGUCACAAGGUCACCUCCAGAGUCGAUUGUGAGCUGGUCAGGCCUCUUCCAGAAUUGCUGCAGGCAAUGUGGGGCCCUACAACUAAACCAAUACAGGCAUUUAGCUACAAAAAAAACCAAAGCUAAAGGCAAAGGUCAUCCUCAUGCUAGGGUGAGCAUAAACUCAGCACUUGUUGAAGAGAUCAUUAAUCUUCAAGAGGUGGCAGAGGAGAUGAAUGCAGUUAUCAAAAAUCUUGAAGAUUACAACAAGAGUUUAAACAUUCGAACUUCACCCGGUGCUCUUGACCAUAUUGUUGUUGCAACAAAGGAUGGAAAAUUCCCCUUAAACCAAAUUGGGCAAAUUUCUAUGAAGUCCCCACAGCUUAUCUUAGUGAAUAUGUCCAGCCUUCCAGAGGCUACAGAGUCUGCUUCUAUAGCCAUCAGAGAAAGUGGAAUGAACCUGAACCCAGAGGUUGAUGGAACAGUAAUCAAGGUGCCAGUUCCUAAAGUUACAAGAGAGCACCGUGAGCACCUUGCUAAGCUUGCCAAGCAGUUCACCAACAAAGCUAAAGAAUCUCUAAGAAAAGUGAGAACCAAUGCUAUCAGUGAAGCUAAGAAGUCAAAAGCAUCUGUUUCUGAAGAUACAAUCAAGCUGAUUGAAAAACAGAUACAGCAGAUGACAGAUGACUUUUCUUUAGAAAUUGAAAAGCAGCUGACAGCAAAGACCAAAGAGUUAUUAGGAUGAGUAGAUACGAGGUUUUUUUAAUGUUUGUACUUACUAUAAUGUAAAUGUGAUUCUAACUAUGCUAAAGAAAUAAACAGAAAUAAAUCAUACUGGCCACUU